AUGGCGAGCGUGGUGGUGAAGACAAUCUGGCAGUCCAAAGAAAUCCAUGAGGCUGGGGACCCCCCCGCGGGGGUCGAGAGCCGCUCCCAGCUGGUCCCCGAGACUCCUGGGGGGGUAACCAGCCCAGUCAAGGGGAUCGCGAAGAAAAAGAAGGCUGUGUCGUUCCACGGGGUUGAGCCGCGGAUGUCCCAUGAGCCGAUGCACUGGUGCCUGAACCUCAAACGGUCCUCAGCCUGCACCAAUGUGUCCCUGCUCAACCUGGCGGCCAUGGAGCCCACCGACUCCUCGGGGACAGACUCAACCACGGAAGACAGCAGCUCACUGGCACUGCCCGUGCCCCCUGCCUCCCCUACCCCACCCUGGGCCCCAGAUGACCCAGACAUCAUGGAAAUACUGAGUGGGGUCAACAGUGGAUUGGUGCGUGCCAAAGAUUCCAUCACCAGCUUGAAGGAGAAGACCACCCGGGUUAACCAGCACGUGCAGACGCUGCAGAGUGAGUGUUCUGUGCUGAGUGAGAAUUUAGAGAGAAGGCGGCAAGAGGCGGAAGAACUAGAAGGGUACUGUAGUCAACUCAAGGAGAACUGCCGGAAGGUGACCCGGUCGGUGGAAGAUGCUGAAAUAAAAACCAACGUCCUGAAGCAGAACUCUGCCCUGCUGGAGGAGAAGCUGCGCUACCUCCAGCAGCAACUGCAGGAUGAGACUCCAAGGAGGCAGGAGGCAGAGCUACAGGAGCUGGAGCAGAAGCUGGAGGCUGGCCUCUCCAGGCACGGCCUGGGCCCCGCCACCCAGCCCUCAGGCUGCUCCGGUCCACCCGGGAGCCCCGACGAACCCCCGCGACCGCGAGGCCUGGCCUCAGGCGGCUGGGGAAUGGGGCCCCGGCCAGGGGAGGGCCCCAUCGUGAGCGAGCAAGAGCUGCAGAAGGUCUCUGCCGGCCUGGAGGAGCUGAGGAGGGAGGUGUCUUCGCUGACCGCCCGGUGGCAUCAGGAGGAGGGAGCCGUGCAGGAGGCCCUACGGCUGCUUGGGGGUCUGGGUGGCAGGCUCGACGGCUUCCUGGGCCAGUGGGAGCGGGCGCAGCGCGAACAGGCGCAGACCGCGCGGGGCCUGCAGGAGCUGCGGGGCCGGGCGGACGAGCUGUGCACCAUGGUGGAGCGGUCUGCAGUGUCUGUGGCUUCACUGAGGAGCGAACUGGAGGGACUGGGCCCAGUGAAACCAAUUCUGGAGGAGCUUGGACGGCAAUUUCAGAGCUCUCGGAGAGUGUCUGACCUCUCUCUGAACCUGGAUCGGGGAGCCCAAGGCUCCUGUACCCGCUGUGCCAGCCAGGGACAGCAGUUGUCCACGGAGUCCUUGCAGCAGCUUCUGGAACGAGCGCUGACCCCGCUAGUGGACGAGGUGAAGCAGAGAGGCCUGGCUCCUGCCUGCCCCAGCUGCCAGAGGCUACAUAAGAAGAUUCUGGAGCUGGAGCGCCAGGCCUUGGCCAAACACGUCAGGGCAGAGGCCCUGAGCUCCACCCUUCGGCUGGCCCAAGACGAAGCCUUGCGGGCCAAGAACCUGCUGCUGACGGACAAGAUGAAGCCGGAGGAGAAGGUGGCCACUCUGGACUAUCUACACUUGAAAAUGUGCUCCCUCCACGAUCAGCUCAGCAACCUGCCACUUGAGGGGUCCACGGGGACAAUGGGGGGAGGAAGUGGUGGGGGAACUCCCCCAAAACGUGGGGGCCCAACCCCUGAGCAAUAA